AUGUCGUCACCAGGCGCAGACGACGUCUGUCCGAUAUGCUUGUGUCCGAUUGAUGAGGAGUUUUCGCGGCCGGAGAAUUGCCAGCAUCGCUUCGAUUCGGAUUGCUUGAAGGAGUGGUCAAAGUUACGGCUGAGCUGUCCAUCAUGCCGGGCCACCUUUGGAGCAGUCUACACUUACAAAAUAGUGGAGGGCAAACCAACACUACACAAAGUGCAAAAAAUGGAGGAACCUGCAGAAGCUGAGCCAUUCGAUGAAACGAAUCCACUUGAUUUUACCGUAUGUGAAAUUUGCUCUGGCGGAAUGCACGAGGAACUUCUCUUAAUAUGCGACCAGUGUGACAAGGGAUUUCAUACCUACUGCCUCACUCCUCCACUGGAUGGUGUUCCAACCACUGAGCAAUGGUUUUGUCCUCAGUGUGAGGAAUCCCGCGUAAAUCGGCCAUCGACGAGUCGCACAGCUGAAUCGUCAGCAAGAGCCAUUCGCCUCGUACAAAGGACCGCGCUUGCAGAGCGAGUUCGUCGAAGGUUAGCUCGCAACCGGCGCAUAGUGGAGACAUCCAGAAGUGCUACAGAAGAAGAGGAAUCCGAUGGCAACGAU